UUUCCAUCCCCACCUCCUCGAUCUUCUUCUCUCUCUCUCCAGCUAGAAGGAACGAUGCCGAGAGGCACGGAGCGCGCAAUGCUGGUGCUGGGUUGCUUCCCGGUCGCGCGUCGGCCGUCCUUGUCAUACGAGGAGGGCUCCACGUCGGCGGCGUCGAUGUCGGCCGCGAGCACGGCCUCGCCGCCGACGUCCACGGCGUCCACGUCGUCCCCGGCCUUCCUCGACGACGACGACGCGCUGUACCCCGACGACGCCGAGCCCGAGCCGGACGCGGGCAGGCUGUCAACCGCCAUCGCCUCCCGCCGCUUCUUCCUCGCGACACCCGGCCUCUCCAACUCCAUCGUCGACUCCGUCGAGCACCCGGCAGCCUGCCACGCCUGCGACAGCGCCUCGAACACGCGCUCCCUGCGGCGCGCGUCCACUUCAGCGUCCCCCGCGUCUGCCGCUGCGUCCUCCUCAUCCUCCUCCCCCUCUUCCUCUUCCUCCUCCUCUUCCUCCUCGGCGUCCGCCACCAAAGCGCACUUGCAUGACAACGACGGCAUGCAGCCGCCGGUGCGGAAGGUCUUGGUGUCCACGGAUGCGCCCCGCGCCGACUUCCGCAAGUCCAUGCUGGAGAUGGUGGAGGCGCUGGAGCUGGACCCGCGCCGCCGCGACGCCGACCUGGCCCGCCUGCACGACCUGCUACUCUGCUACAUCGCGCUCAACGAGCGCGACGCGCUCAGGGACAUCCUCGGCGCGUUCGCCGACCUCAUGUGCCUUCUCAACGUCGACGGCGGCAACAAUAACGACGCCACGUUCGCUGCCGUCGUCGUCGAUGGCGGGGAGAAGCGCAACGCCGACGAGCAGGCGGAUGCGGAUAGAUAGAUAGAUGGCACAGCGCGUGGCGCGUCCGCACACGACGGCGCACGUGAGCAUCGUGAGUAGCUGUUGAGCGAGCUGAGGUCGUUGUAGGAACGAACAAAGAGUAGAAAGCUGAUUUAGGUCGUAACGUAAGGUAAGACCGGCUGUUGUUGUGUGCAGUUGUGCUUGCCGGCUUCUAGUUUUUCUAAAAGGAAACAAUAAUAAUGACACAUUUUAUUUCUCAAUGUAGCUGUGUUUGAGAUUGAACCUUUCCUAGAAUUGGUGUAGGUCGUGACCAUUGUAACAAAACCGUGCUAAUGCAAAAAUCAUUAUAGCCAGAUAAAAUGCGGCUAUCAACUGGGGAAAAAAAUUCCAUAUAUAGAAGUCAUGUAUACUGGAGCCCCUGGAGCACUAGCUAGAUGGUGUCUAAUUAUGUUGGUGCUGAAAUCCUCAAUGUAGCUGUUCGGUCUAGCUAUUUAAGCAAGCUGGAUUCGACUGCUCGUCUGGUGGAACAGACACUUGGCCUUGUUCGGUUACAUGGGAUAAAAUCCCACCAUGGAUUUAAUCCGGGUAUGGAUUGGGUGAAUCCAUAUCUCACACCCAAUCCCAUGGUGGAAUUAAAUCCAUCAACUAAUCCAUGUGUCUUUCAAAGCUAGUUAUUCUUUUGAUCCAUGGAUUCUAAUGUAAACUUGUGCAAUAUCUCAUGGAUUUGUUCCAUACCUAAUGAGCUAUGGAUAGAAUCCAUGUCUUCCAUAGUUUAAAAAAUUCCCAAACCCUUGGGUUAUAUUCCAUGAUGGGUUUAACCGAAUAAAAAAAUUUAAGUAGCCAUGGAUUAUUUUGAGGUAUGGAUUGGGGCAUGGAUUUAAUUCCAAUCCAUGUUAAUCCAAAGCUGGAUUGGUGUAAACGAACAAAGCCUAAGAGACACGUGAUAUGCAUCGAGAUCGUCCUGUAAACAUGUUGGUCCUGUAUAUAAUUCUUUUCCCUAUAAUCUAUCAUCUCAAUGGACCCAAAAUCUUGGGGCCUUAAGGUUUUGAGUCCGAGGAUGGAGGAGGGAAUCCAACUAGACUACAGUAAUCUAUAUUGUGUAUGGGAUUAUAAUAAUUUGAAUUAUGGAUUAAUCUACACUUUGGAUUACAAAGUUACAGAGGCGAAAUAUUGUUAGUUGGAGUACAAAUGAUCUAUAAUCUGGAAAAGAAGAAAGGUUUGAGAAUUGAGAUAUAUUAUAGGAUUACAACAACCAUGGAGUUUGAAUUAUUACAAUCCAACAGAAAAUUUGAGGUGUUUGGAUCGCAUUCGGAUUGUUUUAUGAUUUUAUCUUAUUUUACCAUAAUCUGAUUGGGAUCCAAAUAUUCUCUAACCAAAGACUAGCACCCUAAAUUUUUUAUGAGGGCACAAGGAAAAAGAGCGUCUCCGAAAGUUCCAAAAUAAUCUCCAAAUUUAGGGUUUUUGGUAAGAUUUAUAUAAAAAAAAAUUCCUAACGACUCUUAACCAUAGCUUAUAUAGCUCCCAAUCAAACUGACUACUACGUGUGGAAAAAAUACACGCACUCAAAAUGGCGCGUAUCUUAU